AUGUCUGACGUGAUUUCUAUUACAAAGAAAAGUGGAUCUUUCCAAAAAUUCAAUUGGUCCGAUGAUAUUGAAAGAAGUUUGAAUAAAUCUAUUUAUCAUAAAAAUGAUGAGAUGGAUAUCGAUAGUGAUGAAGAUGAAGAUGAAAAAGAUAUCGAUACCCUGACCUCUGGAGCAACUACUUCAACCAACAACUCUACUUUUAAUAAUCAACAAAUUGUUACUCCAGGUGAACUGGUCACUGAUGAUCCUAUGUGGAUGAGAGGUCAUGGGACAUAUUAUUUAAGUAACAUGACUUAUUCUUCAGUGGCAGGUGCUGUUUCAAAAGUUAAUAGACUGUUAUCAGUACUUCCUUUAAAGGCAAGAUAUUCUCCAGAGACUGGUGAUCAUAUUGUAGGUAGAAUCACUGAAGUCGGUAAUAGAAGAUGGAAAGUAGAUAUUGGUGCAAAACAACAUGCAGUAUUAAUGUUAGGUUCUGUUAAUUUACCAGGUGGUAUUUUAAGAAGAAAAUCAGAAAAUGAUGAAUUGCAAAUGAGAUCGUUUUUAAAAGAAGGUGAUUUGUUGAAUGCUGAGGUUCAAACGUUAUUCCAAGACGGAAGUGCUUCACUACAUACAAGAUCGUUGAAAUACGGGAAAUUAAGAGACGGGAUCUUCUUGAGAGUCCCCAGCUCUUUAAUUGUUAGAUCCAAAAACCAUACUCAUAAUUUACCAGGUAAUGUCACUGUUGUAUUGGGCGUGAAUGGGUACAUUUGGUUAAGAAAGACUUCACAAAUGGAUUUGACAAAUGAUUCAUCUUCUACAAAUCUAAAUAGUUCUACAGCAUCUUCAACUCAAGGCCCAACAGGUUCAAUUAAUACAAAUUCAAUUUCAAUUACAAGAUUAGAAGAAGAAUCAUCUUGGAGGAUUUAUUCAGAUGAAAAUGAUAAAAAUAUUACAAAUAAUUUAAGGAAAACCAUUUCUCGUUAUACAAACGUCAUAAGAGCUUUAUCAAUGGGAGAAAUUGGGAUAACGAAAGAACGUAUUGUCACUGGUUAUGAAGCAAGUAUGGCCUUUCCAAAUAUAGGCUCAUUAAUCGAAUUAAAUAACAUGCAAACCAUUUGUGAAGAUGUGAUUAAUGCAGAAAAGAUGAGAGGUAAUGCUAUUUAA